AGUGUCCAGCCCUUACAGAUCGCGAUGGGCACAAGCAUGCGGCUGGCUCCUGCAGGGGGAGGAUUUGGGACAUCCCACAGCCUCUCGCCCCAAACUAGGGCCCUUCGGCCUUUGCGCAUGUCACCAGCUCUGGGGAGGGGGGUGAGGUGCUGGGUGGGGUCUGGGUGCCCUCAGAGGCAGGAUGGUGCCCAGGUGCCAGGGCAACCCAGGGUCCAGAUCCUCUUGCUUCCCCCCCGAUUCAGGGGUGGGACUCAGGGGGAGUCGUGCUCUUCGCUCCCCACAUUCCCGGGCCACGGAGCUGAAAGGCAGAACAACAAAGCUGGCGCUAAGACAGUACCAACCUGGCUGGGGGAGGGGGGGCGUCUCUCCCUGGGGGCUGGCACACUCAGCAUCACAGCCUGCAGGAUAAGCCCAGGCCUGGGGGCGGCUGCCGGCAGGAGGAGCCACAUGGCUGGGCAGAGCUGUAAUCCCGAGCGGGAGGCUGCUGUGAGGGACACAGAGGUGGGGUCUUUCUCCACACUCACGGGACUCCACAGGACGCCGGGGUCCUGUGGUCUGGGGUGGGGGCUGGGAGACCUGGGUUUGUUACCACACAAAAGAACACAACCAAGAGCAACUGGGGCAUGCGGGGAAUCACAGCUGGCACGGGAGCAGGGCUGCCUGCUUGGGAAGAGCUCCCUGGUGCAAGGGGGGGAGGGGCUUUCCCGUUGGAAAGGCGGAGCUCUCUGGAGCGAGGGGCGGGGCUUUCCGGUUGCAAAGGCGGAGCUCUUUGAGGCAGGGGGUGGACCUGUCUGGUUGGGAAGGCAGAGCUUUCUGGUGCAAGGGGGAGAGCCGAGGCUUCGGUACAAGAUGCCCUGGUGCAAAGGGCGGGGCUGUCUGGCACAAGGGGCGGAGCUGAUGCUUUGGCAUAGGGGGUGGGGCCAGUGAUCCCACC